UUAUUCUAGGUGAUUUGGUAACCGUACUGGCUGUGAGCUAUGUUGGAUUGAGAUCAGGUUAAACUGAUAGGAGUUUGUCCUGUUUGAGAGAGAGAGAGAGUACAUCAAAAUGAGAUCGUCACCACCAUCACCUUCAUCGUCGUCCACAUCCAUUUUUAGGAUCGAAGCUGGUGACGCCAUGGAGAGGAGCAACUCCACCCCUUCUUCCAGCACUCCGGCGAGGCUGCCGCCGGGCCGCAGCACGCUCGACGUCGACGAGGAGUACGACAGCGCCUUCAAGUCCAAGUCCUUCCUCGACCUCUGGUCGCACGCGCACCGCCACCUCAGCCACACCUUCUCCUCCUCCUUCAAGCAGUCAUCGUCCAAGUCCGGCGCCAAGGACUACUCGCGCCAUGGUGACGAGGAGGAUGUCGACACGGCGGCAGCCCUGGAGCAAUCCUGCUCGUACACCGUCCUUGACGACUUCGUGCUGGAGCCGAGCCCCGAGGUGCUCGCGAGGGGGCGGAGCGGUCGCCGGCGUCGGCGUCGGCGGCGCGGAGUGGAGACCCUGCUGAUCGAGUACUUCGACGUGACGCAGGAGGCCUGCGAGGCCUGCUCCGCGCUGCUCACCGCCAUCGGCGCGGCGCGGCGCCACCACCUCACGCUCCGGCGGCUGCUCGCGCGGCUGGAAGACGGUGGCGGCGGCAGAGACGGCGCCGCCGCGAGGGACGCGGUCGCGGAGCACGUCCGCCUCGACAACCCGCUCUCGGCGGGCCGCCUCUCCGGGUUCCACGAGGUGCACGGGCGGUGCGGCCCACUGGCGACGCGCCUGGCCGCGGCGCAGCGUCGGCUCCGGCGGCUCGCCCGGGCGAUGCGCGUGGCGCGGGGCACGGCGGCGGCGGCGCUCGUGGCGGCGUGCGCGGGCGCCAUCGUUGCCGCGGUGGUGUUCGCGGCGCACGCCGUGGUGGGCAUCGGCGCGGCGGCGGCGGCCGUCGGCGGCGCGAGCCCCGCCACGGCCGUGCGGUGGGCGGCGGAGCGGGUGAGCGAGCGGCGGUACGCUCGGGCGGGGGCGGCGGUGGACGCGGCGGCGCGCGGCGCGUACAUCGUGGGGAGGGACCUGGACACGGUGAGCCGCAUGGUGCGGCGCGCGCACGACGAGCUGGAGCACGGGCGCGACGUGGCGCGCAUCGCGGUGCGCGGGCGCGGCGAGCGGCCGCUGAUGCAGGAGGUGGCGAGGGAGGAGGCGGAGUGCGAGGAGGACCUGAGGGCGCAGCUGGAGGAGCUGGAGGAGCACGUCUGCCUCUGCCUCAUCACCAUCAACCGGAGCAGGAGGAUGGUGGCGCACCAGAUGACCGGAGGCUUGCCGCCGCUGGAGGCGACGCCGUCCCAGAACUAA